AAGCUAGGAGGAAAGUAGUGCAGUCAUUGUAAAUAGUUCCAAGAUGGUGACUAGGUGUUAUUAAGUCGAUGCUGAUCCAGCCUAAACGGAUAAUUUCCUUCGUUGUAAGGAGUCGAUGUUAUGUAAUAUCUGGCAGAUAUCAAGGUCGAAAUAGAGAAGCUGCUUGUUAAUUUCCACUUUAAACCAUAACACGAAGAAAUAGUAAUGCAUUUUUGAUAAUGGCUCACAGUAAAUUGUUACUGAACUACAUGAUUAACCAAUAUCAAGCAGUCACCUCUGGAUUAUUUUAAACAAGGAACUUUUGAAAUCAAAAAUUAUGGGUAAUUGGCAAUUGACAAUGGAAACCUUGGUUGCCAAAGGAGGCUCCACAAAAAUAUUGGAUUAUUUAAAAAAAUGUUUAAUUGAUAUCCUAUGAAAUAAUAAGUAACUGAUAUUUGAAAAAAAUUAUAAAGUUAAGAUGGAUGAACGUAGAGUUGCCGAUUAUUUUGUGGUAGCUGGACUACCUGAAACACCUUCACCACUGGAAGAAUCCACAAAUGAAAGCAUUAUUAAACAAACACAUAAACAAGAUCCAAUCACCGACAUAUGUGUCAUCAAUAAAUCCUUAGCUGAAAAAGAACCGAAGGGUUAUGUUUGUCUUGAGCGAACGCAAACUGGCUUUCUUGCAGACCUCAACCAUGGUAGCAUACGUUGUUCAGAAAUGUACAUUUGUUACCGAAGAGGCAGGGAGAAGCCACCAUUAACAGAUAUUGGAGUUUUAUAUGAAGGGAAGGAGAAACUGAUGUCAGGUUGUGAAAUUGUUCAUACGACUGCACAUGGUCAUUCAGCCAACGUAAAUAAUAGCAAUAGUAGCCGUAUUUAUAUCACAUACCGAAGAGCUUCUGAUAUGGCUUCCAGUGAUACUUUAGCUGUUGUUGAUAUUUGUAUCAUACUUACCAAUAAGAAUGAAAGUGCUCCCCAUGCCUAUUGCCAAAUAAAUAAGAACUUGAACAAAGGAAUGAUGGGCUCAGAUGUUUAUCUGUGUUACAAGAAGGCUAUGACUAAAACAGAUGUUCUUGCAUAUAAACCUGCUAUUCUAGGCCGAUUUCCUGAAGCAGAUUAUGACAAUUAUCCACUUCCUGAAUCAGUACCCCUCUUCUGUUUGCCAAUGGGAGCAACGAUUGAAUGUUGGCCUGCUAAGGCUCAGCAUCCUCUUCCAGUAUUUUCAACAUUCAUUCUGACAACAUGUGGUGGAGAAAAAGCAUAUGGAGCAGCAGUGUCAUUUUAUGAAGAAUUCCCUGAAGAAAAGUUAACAGAUUUUCAGCUACGGCAUUUGGGUCUGAAAAACAAACAUAUCCGCGAACAGUAUCGCAUUCCGAAGACGGUGCAUUCAAACAAAUGUAUUUGUCUUCUUUCACGUUGGCCUUUCUUUGAUGCUUUCAAGAAAUUCCUAUCCUAUCUAUACAGGAUAUCAAUAACAGGCCCUUAUAAUGUUCCAAUCGAGAGGCAUAUUUCUCAUUUCAUGUUUGAUGUUCCUUAUCCAUCUCCACAAAGGCCAAGAAUUCUUGUACAGUUAAACCAUGAAGCCCUCUCUCUAUCAAUGCCAGAAGACUCACCUUUACCUCAAAGUGGAGCCUCGUUUAUUACACUGCUAAAAGACCUCGGUCCUGAGAAUUGUAUGACCAUUCUAUUGCAUGUUCUCCUUGAGCAAAAGAUCCUCAUCCACUCUCUACGUCCAGCAGUUUUGACAGGAGUGGCGGAAGCAGUGACUACGAUGAUAUUUCCUCUUCACUGGCAAUGUCCUUAUAUACCUUUGUGUCCUCUUGGAUUGUCCGGAGUAUUAAGUGCCCCUUGUCCAUUUAUUGUUGGUAUUGAUUCCAGGUAUUUUGAUCUGUAUUCUCCCCCACCUGAUGUAGUUUGUGUGGAUUUGGACACCAAUACAAUUUGGUUUGAUGAUAAAAAGGUUAUAAAUUCCAAAUUAUUACCUAAGAAGCCUGCUCGAGUUCUUCAGGAUACACUCCACAAAAUAUUUAACCAGUUGUCAGCGCAUACAUCCACAACACCAACACCAGAUGAAGUCUCUCUUGAACUGGCACCAAUUGAUUAUGAUUUCAAGGUUAAACAAAAAGAAACAAUGAUAGAACUUCAAAUACAGGAGGCCUUUUUACGUUUUAUGGCUUGCUUGAUGAAAGGCUACAAGACUUUUCUGCAACCAAUAAUGUGGGAGCCUACAGCCAGCACUACAAAAGCCGCUUCGUUGUUUGAUAUGCAAGGAUUUUUGAAGAGUCGUGACAAAGCAUACUUGAAGUUCUUCUCCUUACUAAUUAAAACACAAACUUUCAUCCGAUUUAUAGAAGAACGUUCCUUUGUAUCUGAUAAGGAUGUCAGCUUAGCUUUUUUUGAUGAAUGUACUGAAAAGGUGGAAGACACAAAAGAUGAGCCACAACUCAUAGACUUUGAUGACAGUCAUAAAAGUGAAAGAACUGUGUUUAUUUUGCCACCUGAGCCAUCUGGACUGCCAGAAGGGGCCACAUACAGUUACAAUGGAUUUCCAGAGUUGAAGCCAGAGUUGUUUCUGUUAAAGAAAGCUAGCACUUCGUCUUUAGCUGGUAAACAGUCUGCCUGUCCAAACAGUCCGAUUGCAAAACGUACCAAGCAAGAAGUGCGCAUGGCACAGAAGAUUGCCCAGCAGCAAGUUGGAUCUCCUGAUUUAUGGGCGAAAUGUCUACUUGGACAUUGUUAUUGUUUGUGGUUUAUUCAUUUACCUGCAUUUGUGAAGCUCAGCCAGUCAAAGCCGAGAGCCCUUAGACUAGCUUACGACAUCUUGCAAAAGAUGAAUACAAUAAAAGAUAUCCGUCCUGAUGAAGUUUGUUAUCGAGUAGUACUACAGCUGUGUGGUCAGUAUAACGAGCCCACUCUUGCUGUUAUGGUACUUUGUGAAAUGAAACGUGUAGGUGUCCAGCCAAAUGCCAUUACUUAUGGAUAUUACAACAAGGCUGUCCUUGAGAGCAAAUGGCCAAGUGAUACCAAGAAUGGUUUACUGCUAUGGAAGAAAUUGCGUAAUGUGAUUACAGCUAUUGCACAGUUGCGAAAGGGUUUGUUGCACCAACGAAGUAGCACAGCUUACUGCUAUAACUCUGAAAGUGAUUACGACCAAGUCAGCCACACCAGCAAUGACAGCUGCAUAGAUGAGGCUGCAGUCAGUAGCACUGAUGCUAACAGUGGUGGCACCACGGGUAAUAGAAUUAUUGCCAAAGCAGAUCUUGGUUCUGAUAUGGUUGUGACUUGUUCUAAUAAAGUAGCCAAUGAAGAAAGAAUGAGUACAGGGGGAGCAUCAGAUAGAGGUUAUAGCUCUAUGACUCAAGAAGAUGCCAAGACCCUAUAUGGAGCCCUUUCCUCAGCAGAACAGGCUCAGCAGCAGCAUAACACUAAUAAUUCCAGUAAGACUAAAGAUUCCAAACACUCUCGCUCCAGUAUAUGCUGGAAGAUCAGAAGUAAAAGCACUACUGAAGAAUUAUCAGCACUUGCAAAUUCCAACAGCUCUGAUAGUUCCCAUUCCAAUAAUAACUUCAUUGGCUCUCAGUUCCGAACUCGUGUUGGCAGCAUUAUGAGAAGAUCAGCUAAGAAUAUCACCAGUACUGAAAGUAUUGAAGCAUUGAAAACAAACCUCUUUGGUAGUUCUGCUGGUGUACUGAUGGUCAGUGAUUCUAUUUUGAAGAAUAACAACUUCAAUUACAACCUGCAUGAUCUAGAAAUGGAAGCAAAGCGUAAGAGACACAAGAGUGCUGGAGACAACCAUUUAAAAACGCGUUCCAACAGCAUGUUCUCGAAUUGGAGACCAUCUUGGAGUAGUGCAAAUGCUUUCUCAAUGCGUUUCUCUGACCUUACCAAGAAAGAGAAAGUUAGUGAGACCAUUGAGCAGAAAACAGUAGAGACUUGUCUACUUGCAAACCCUAGUAUUGAAGACAGUGGAAUCAUUUUAGAUGAGGCCAAUCAGAAUGAGGCUGUGCAGCAGCUACCUAGUGAAAAGGAACCAAGUAAAGAAGCUACUCCUACUGAUGAAACUGAUAGUAAAUCAACUACUAAAAGCCCCACUAAGAGUUCAAUACCUUUGUCUUCUUCAUUUAGUGCUCCCAUAACAGAAAAUGAUCCUUUGGGUUUAUUUGAUAACAAUGUAAAUGAAAGUGAAAUGAAUAACAAUUCUUCUCCCGUCUCCCCUACAAAGCCCUCUAGUUCAUUUUCUAAAAAAUCCCUUGUACAAACAAUAAGUCCUGAAAGGAUAUUGCAUGAUAUUCGGGCUAGUAAUUUGUGCAGCACAUUGCAUGAAGAGGGGAUGGAUGAUGAAGAUUUAGUGAACAUAAGGUAUGACACAGGUAAUCGCAAACUUGGCGAUCUGGGACGGACUAGUAGCUCCCCUGACUGUCUUGCCGAUUCAGUCAAAGCUAAUUUUAAUCAUCAAACACCUCAAAAGAAAUCAAAGAUUUCUUCUACGUUGUCAUUGGACGAAGCUGGAAAAGUAGAUCGCUCACAGGACACUAAGUUACGACGAACUAAUAGUCUUCGCCGGCGUAAUGAAAUGUUGAGUGGUGUAUUGAAGUCUGCGUCUCUUGUAUUGAACAAAUUGAAUGAGCUGAAACAAUCCAUCACCCAGCCUGGUCAUUCUGGAUCUAAUCUCUCCCUGACUCCUUCUGAAGACAGAGAUAGCGGCACUGGUGACGAAGAUAAUCAUGACGGCCUCUCUGGACUUAAGCAAAGAAUGUCAGGGAGUUUAGAUUUUCUCAGUCGAACUGAUAACUGCCUUAAUGAAGCUUUGACUGAAAACAGACGACAGUCUUCUCAUGAUUCAAUUUCCUCUCCGACAUUUACCGGGCAAGAUAUUCCUAUGAUGGAAUUCUCUGAUUCUUCAACUAAAAGCACAUCCACAGAUAGUUACCUUAGUUAUGGCUUAUUUGAUUUCUUUGAGAAAAUGGGAGAAAUUACUAUUGAAGUUGAGAUGACCAGUUGUUGCCGUUGUCCUCAUUGUCUCUGUCUGCUCUAUGACGAAGAGAUUAUGGCUGGUUGGUCUGCUGAUGAUUCAAAUCUAAACACAAGUUGUACUUUUUGUGCCAAAAAGCUUGUCCCACGCAUACAGAUAUUCAUCAAGGAUGCAAGGAAACAUUUAAACAAGGGAACUUCCCCGGUCAAGGGUCAAGAUAAGUCAUCGUCUGUAUUUGGAUCUCCUCGUAAAGAUAAAAGCAAUGCAGUUACAACAGAAUCAAGUGAGAAAAGCAAAACCUCCUCAAAUCCACCAUCGCAGAGGACGAGUAUCUCCUCAACGUUUAGUUGUGAUAAAGGUGACAAUGAUGAAACAACUUCUGAAGAAGGUACACAGAAUUCAGUGCAGUCAGAAAGUCAGGAGUGUGUGAACGAAUGCAGUCCUGAAUGUGAAACCAUCUCCAGUGAGGCGUCAAAUGAACAGAGUUCCACUGACGUGACAACAGAUUCAUGCAACAACAACAACAACAAACAUGUCAAGUCAAACCGUUACCGUAGUACGAGUGAGUGCCUUACAGCAUUUACAUCAUCUUCUGCUGUGUACAGUUCAUUAUAUGAUGAUAAGGGUUCAAACCUGGAGUCUCCUACAUCGUGUCCAAGUACAGCCACCACAAAGACUGGGCAGCAAGAAUUAAGGAAUUCAACGUUAUCCUCUGAAAUUAAGAGAGAUUUUAUAUCUGGCAAAUCUAUUAUCUUGGAACCUAUCACUUUUCCUUAUUUGAGUCCACUCGUAUUACGCAAAGAGCUGGAGAAUGUUGUUGAAAGCGACGGAGAUUUAUGUUUAUUAGAAUCUAAUUUUGUUGAUGAACAUCCAAUCAUAUUUUGGAACAUGGUUUGGUACUUCAGACGCAUAGCUGUUCCUUGUCAUCUUUCAGGACUUGUCUUAAAGUCAAAAAUGCUUAAAUCUCUUGAGUUGGAUGAACCUGUUAAUAAUGGCAUGAAACUGAACAGUAGAAAUGUCAGUGUUCGUACCAUGUGGGACAAUGUGAAGAUGAACGAUGAAAUGGGCUUGCCAAUGUACAUGGCAUGGAGAGCAGGUCGUGCAUCUGCCAUUGUUGAUGCUCUUGUGACAGAUUCUCAGAUAUACUCAAGACCGUUGAUGCAACAAAUUAUAAGCAACAUCCAUGUUGUCAACGAUAUGCUCACUCCAAUCAAGCUGUUAGCAGAUGCUCGACGGAGAAAGUCUCGAAAAGGUUACAGACGAAGCUUUUACCGAGAAAUAUUGUUUUUAGCAUUUGUGGCUUGUGGGAAAAACGUUGUUGAUUUGGAGGGAUUUGAUCGUGCAUACAGAGCUGCAUUCAGCAAAUUAUCGAAGGCAGAGAUUAACAGAUUGCAACUAGAUGAUGCACCCCUCCCUCUUGCAGUAAGAUACUGUCGUGCUGUCUUUGAAGAAUUAGAGGUAUAAGCAGCCCUAUGUCGAGUGCCUGGCUCAACCUACUGACUGACAAAGAACAAUCCAGCAGUGCUGCUCGACUUUUUCUAGAAUGCCCGUUCACCAUUCUAAAAUAGACACUGUGUUCCCACAUGAAUUUCAUGCAGAGAAACCAAACUUUAAUUGCGAGAUCACUGUGUAUUUGUAAAUGUUAACUUUUACCAAAUGUCUUACAGAAUCAAUGGAAUCACAUUGUUACCAGUUUAAUGUUCAUACUAAAUAAAUAUAAAAAUAAAAAGCCCAAGAACCAUGGAUAAUUUAAAUCUGACUUGAGUACAUUCUACAAAAAAAAAAAAAAUCUUAAUCCCAUUCUCUCUCUCUCUCCCUCUCCCCCCCUCAACACACACUCUCACUUGUCUCGUCAAUAACGCUCUUAUUUUGAGAGUUUUCAUCUAGCAGUGAAAAAUAAUAAUGAUGAUGAUGAUGAUAUCAGUUCUGAUCAUUCUUGCUCUCACAUGUGUAUAAAAAAAAAAAAAACCAAACCUGUGACAAAUACGGGGGGGGGGGUUCAUUAUGUUACUGUUAUUGCUUUUUCUCUUUGUUUUUCUUUUGUGUUUGUUUUCCCCUCAGUUAAACCAUGCAGGUCAUCUUGUCUUUAAUAGCUUAACAGCCUCAUCCCCCACCACCACCACCACAUACAUCAUCCAACUAGUAAUUAAUUAUUUUGUAUGUAUUAACUGGUCAAUUAUUUUGACGGUGUUGCAACUGUUAGCCACAUCCAUAAACCGUUGUUGUAACUCACUGGGUUAAUAUAAUUUGAAUUGGCUUUUCCUGCUUUUCUUGUGAACAGAAGGACAGGCAGAAGUUGUCUGGAGAAACGUCUGGUCUCUGUCUCCUGUUUGUCAGGAUUGUGAAUUGUGGUCAAAAUAGUGGGAAAGAGGGAAAGUCAAUUUAUUUUUGCCUCAAAAAUUCAUUUCCUGGUGAUGAUAAACACUUCUAUAUGGGGAAAACAUUUAAAGAUCCUGGUAUACAUUUGAUUGGGUUUAUUCUCUUUUUGUUUCUCCCGCUCCAAAAUAUGGUGAUUGAAAUUGUGCUUAUUCCUUUCUUCUUCAUUCCACUAUUUUAAUAGCAUUACUCUUAGCUGAAUGAAAAAAAGUUUAAAAUUUUGAUUAUCUCCCCUCUUCAUGAUUUAUAUUUCAGUUUUAGCCAUUUAAUAAUUCUUAAAAGUAAUCAAAUCAUUGGGCUUGCUUUUUAAUUGGGUUUAUUUAUUUAUUGGGUGAUGGGGGUGUUUGCUUCAUGGUUUUUUAAAUGUUAUUGCCAAAUAAUGAACAGCCAACACUGGCAAAGAAAAGACAAAAUGAUUUAGUCUAUCAUAAAAAGUUAUAAUAUAUUCCAACAGCCCUAAUGCUUGCAAAAAUAUUCCCAUUUAGAAAAA